UAACUAAUUAAGGGUAGAGCCAUGGGCGAGGAGAUACGAUACAACUAUGAACCAUGCAAGUAUAAAUAAUAAAAAAGUAUUCUCAAAAGAAAAAAGGAAAGAUGGUAGUGGAGGAGGAGAGCAGAGAAGAAAAGAAAUGAGGAAUAUGCAGUUGCAGAGGCACGUGAGAUGUUGAAUUAAUUAGGGAAUCAGACAGAGAGGAGAGGAGAGUAUUAUUAAUUUAAUUCAAUCAACCUACAACUACAAAAACGCGGUUUCAUGCUUGGCUUUUGGUUAAAAUAAUUUUAAGCUCUCUUUUAAUGUAAUAAUAUAGGAAAUUAAUUCAUCAGAUCUGAUCAGCUGGAAGCAAUAAUAAUUGCAAUAACAAUAAUGAAUUUGGCAUGAAGGUUCUUUUAUAUGUUUAUUAUUAGCAUUAGACGAGUUCGUGAGUAUAUAUAAGAAGCAGAGGGCAGUGGGGAAGGCAAACAAACAGUUCGCCUACUGUUAGAACAGGAUAUAGCAUUUUGAAAAAUUAAAAAUGAUUGGGAUAGCAGGAGUGUGCUGCAGAUUGGCUGGUGACCUCGUGCAAGCAUUAGGAGCAGCAAGAUCGAGGUCAACACCUAAUUGCCUUGAACCAAGUGCAGUACCUCAUCAUCAAGUUGAUGAAUUCAUGAUCAGGGCCUUGACGGCUGUGUUUGAUAUGGAGAAUAAUGGCAAGAUAAAGAAGGAGAAAGCACGCCAAGUUGUGGAGAAGCUCGGUCUGGGGUAUGGCCAAGAAGAAGAAGAGACAUUCACAGCAAAUGAAGUGGCGGCGGAAGAGGUUCUUAGUGGAUUGGAUCAGGCGCCGGAGCGACAGCAGCUGCUGCAUGAAGCCUUCAAAAUAUUUGAUGAGGAUGGGAAUGGAUAUAUAGAGGCAGCGGAGGUGAAAAGGGUGCUGCAAUGCCUGGGCCUGGACAAGGGCUGGGACAUCACUGAUAUUGAGAAGAUGUUGAAGGUUGUUGAUUUGAACAUGGAUGGAAAGGUUGAUUUUACAGAGUUCGAGUCGAUGAUGAUGAUGAUGACGACGAGGCCUUAAUAAUUUCUUAUUUCUUUUUUACUAAUAGUAACAAUAAUAGCAAUGAUGAAAAUGUGAAUUGUUAUGUUGAUCUAUAAUCAUUUGAUAUAAUGAAACUCCUGAGGGAUCAUCAGCA